GAAGGGGAGGGGUGCUGUCUGGCUUCCGGUUUUAGGCUGAAUUUGACACACAAUGAGGUGCAGGGAACAACCUAUCGCGAAACGCCGCUGUAAAUAAAUAGAACAAUCACUGAAGCCACAGAAUCAUGGAGAAUCAGUGCACAGUGCAGGUGAAGCUGGAGCUAGGACACCGAGCCCAGUUGAGGAAGAAGGUGACCUCGGAGGGCUUCACCCACGACUGGAUGGUGUUUGUGCGAGGGCCUGAGACUGGGGACAUACAGCACUUUGUGGAGAAGGUUGUCUUCCGGCUACAUGAGAGCUUCCCCAAACCCAAGAGAGUAUGCAAGGAGCCACCAUACAAAGUGGAGGAGUCGGGCUACGCUGGGUUCCUCAUGCCCAUCGAGGUCUACUUCAAGAACAAGGAGGAGCCUAAGAAGGUGUGUUUCAACUAUGACCUCUUCCUGAACCUGGAGGGGAACCCCCCUGUCAAUCACCUGCGCUGUGAGAAACUCACCUUUAACAACCCCACACGGGAGUUCAGACGCAAGCUGGUCAAGGCUGGAGGGGUCAUGGUGGUGCCGGAAGGGACGGAGGCAGUGUCGAGGCCCAGUCCAGACUACCCCAUGCUCCCCACCAUCCCACUGUCUGCCUUCUCAGACCCCAAGAAGACCAAGACCUCCCACGGGUCAAAGGAGCCCAGUAAAGAGGGCAGUGGAGGCAGCAGUAAAGGGCCCAAGCCCCACAAGCUGACCAAGGAGCACCGCGAACGCCCCCGCAAAGACUCUGAGAGCAAGGCGGCGUCAAAGGGUGACAGCGACCGCGACGGGGGGAGGAGGGGGAGCAGCAAGAGUGUCCGUGAGCCCUCAUCCUCCUCUUCCAAGAAGCCAGCGGAGAUCAAAGUUAAAGACGAGGGCAAGGUCCUUCCCAAGGCUGCCUUCAAAGAGCCCAAACUCACACUGAAGGAGGCCAAGAUGGAGGGCAUGUCCCCUAAAGGAGGGGGGGCUGGGGGAGGGGGCCCACUGGAGCCCAAAGCCCCCGGGAAGCGGCCUUCCACUGCGGAGUCUCCAAAACCCAGUGCCAAGAAGCCAAAGAAGGGCAGCUCAGAGGGAUCUAAGGGGACAGCUGCAGUGCUCUUCACCGGAGCCUCUCCCCGGGUCUCUUCGUCAUCUUCAGAGAAAGGCCGCUGGCCCAAGAGCAGCAGGGCCGACACUCAGGAGGCCAAGGAGCCCAAGAAACUGCUGUCUGACGACUCCAACUCUGAGGAUGAAGCCUCCUCCAAAUCAGAGCAGUCAGUCCCCUCCAGUCCCUCCAACUCCAGCUCCAGCUCUGACUCCAGCUCAGAGUCUGAUUUUGAGCCCGGACAGAAACAAGGCCAAGGCCCGCUGCGCUCUAUGGUGGAGGACCUACAGUCCGAGGGGUCAGAUGAUGAUGACAGCAGCUCAGAGGAAGGGACGCCUGUCAAGACCAACCCGCCCAACCGUGACUCUCGACUGAGCCUGGACAGCGAGAGUGACAGCAGUGAAGGCUCGCACCGCCCCAGUCGAGACCCGGCGCCGCCUCCACAGAAACACAGCUCCUCCAAUAACAAGGUGUUGGGCAGGAAGAGCCCAGACAUCUGCAGCCGCCCAGAGAAGGUGCUGAAGAAGGGAUACGACAAGGCCUACACAGAGGAGCUGGUGGACCUCCACCGCAGACUAAUGGCUCUGAGGGAGCGCAACGUCCUACAGCAGAUAGUGAAUCUGAUCGAGGAGACGGGCCACUUCAACGUGACCAACACCACCUUUGACUUUGACCUGUUCUCUCUGGACGAGUUGACCGUCCGCAAACUACAGAGCUGCCUGGAGACCACGGCCACGUGACAGGAAGCCUGCAGCGCAGAGGACCGUGGCGGGGCCGGUGCUGGGCUGCUGUCUCUCCUCGGCCCCUGGACCCCCACUGGGGAGGUGGAGCUGUAGCAGAGCUACAGAGGGAAACAGAAUAACAAUAGAACUCACACUUUCACUAUUUUCUGGAGAAUGGAGGAACAGGAUGAGGGAGGAGAGAGGACGAGGUCAGAGCAGCUAUUCCACUGUCCCUCGAACCUGGACUGGAGGACCAGACUAGGGGAGCUGGCCUGGGACUGGCAAGAGAUGUAUUAUAUAUGUUUCUUAUGGAGAGCAGCAGAGCAGCCUGUGUGCAGAACUGUGGAAUGCGACCACUCUCCUCUCCCUCCCCCUCUCGCCUCACUUCUAGCCAUUGCAAAGCCAAUACUUCUCCUCUCCUUCCUCCCCACUCACACACUCUUACCCGGCACAACACUCCUCCCCUCCCCCUCAUCUCUGCUGGAGUUCAUUUCUCUAUAGGAAUAUUCCUGUCUAUGCAUGCAUACAUUUGUGUGUGUGUGUGGGAGAGUGUGUGUGUGUGUGUGGGAGAGUGUGUGUGUGUGUGUGAGGGAGAGUGUGUGUGUCUGUGUGAGCAUUUCAGAGGCUUUAGGGGGGGGUCUUUCGUUAGUCACUUUUUCAGUGUUCUUUAAGGUAGCUUGAGCACAAGCAACAGCCCUUACACACACACACACACACACACACACACACACACACACACACACACACACACACACACACACACACACACACACACACACACACACACACACACACACACACACAGUGAGAGGCAUUUGGGUCCCAUGCCAGGGUGUCUCUACACACAGGCACUAAGUUGUGUAUGUGCCUAUUGGUGGUAGUGUUCUGGAUGGGGUUCAUCUCUUGGUGGUAGUGUUCUGGAUGGGGUUCAUCUCUUGGUGGUAGUGUUCUGGAUGGGGUUCAUCUCUUGGUGGUAGUGUUCUGGAUGGGGUUCAUCUCUUGGUGGUAGUGUUCUGGAUGGGGUUCAUCUCUUGGUGGUAGUGUUCUGGAUGGGGUUCAUCUCUUGGUGGUAGUGUUCUGGAUGGGGUUCAUCUCUUGUCAGUUUGUCAGUUCAAACGUCCCUCCCGCUUCCAUCUCAAUGUGCAUGAAAGGGCUCAACAGCUAGGGGAAAUAGCUGUGGAGGAUCACUUCUGAAUGGCCUUUUAAGUGUGUGUGUGUGCGUGUGGGGGGGGGGGGGGGGUUAAAAAGCCGUAGCCA